AUGUGGAGAAUAGACAAGUUAACAUUAACAGAUUUUAAAUCAUACAAAGGGACACACGUUAUUCCAGAAUUUCAUAACUUUCAAGCUGUCAUUGGACCUAAUGGUGCAGGUAAAUCAAAUUUAAUGGAUGCAAUUUCAUUUGUACUGGGAGUUAAAGUAGGGCUUUUAAGAGGUUCAAAUCUUAAAGAUUUAAUUCAUGAUGACCCAACAAUGGAAAACCCUCCAAGUCGUGCUAUUGUAGAACUACAACUAAAACAUGGAAAUGGAGAAACAAAAAGAUAUAGUCGAACAAUACUUGAAAGUGGCUCAAGUGAAUACCGAAUUGAUGGAAGUGUUGUAAGUGAAAAAGAGUAUCAAAAUACUUUGAGAGAUAUUAACAUUGAUGUUAAAGCAAGAAAUUUUUUAGUUUUCCAAGGAGAUGUUAUUCAAGUUGCGUCAAAGAGUGGAAAAGAGUUAACUAAAAUGAUUGAGUCUAUUUGUGGUAGUGACGAACUUGCUAAAGAAUAUGAUGAGCUAAAGGCAAGAAAGGAGAAGGCAGAGGAACAAACACUGACUUGUUUUCAAAAAAAGAAAGGAAUGAACGCAGAAAAAAAACAGUAUAAGCAAAUGAAAGAAGAAGCCGAAAGAUAUCAAGAAUUGGAAGAAGAAUUAAGUGAACAAAAGAAGAAAUUGAUGCUUGUUGAUAUUAGAAAUUAUAAAAAAGGAAUGAAGAAAUAUACUGAUGAAACCAAAGAAAAAAGAACAGAAUUAGAAGAAUUAAUGAAUCAAAAAACUGAAAAAGAACAAACAUAUCAAGAAGCAUUAAAUGAAGUCAGAAAGAAAAUUAAAGAAGAAAAUGAAAAGAAAGAUGAGAUUAGAAAAUUAAAAGGUGAACGAGAAUCUUUAAAACCUCUUGAAGGUAGAAUUCAAGCUAAAAAAAGAUUAUUAAAUGAUAAAUUAAGAGGAAAAGAAAGGGAAUUUAAAAUUCUCGAAAUGCAAAGUUCUGAAGAAAAACAUAAAAUUGAUGAAUUUGAAAAACAAAAAAGUGAAAAAGAGGAAAGAUUAAAUGAAUUAAAAAAUAAACAAAUGGUUACUCUUAAUGAAAACCAACAAAAACAAUUUGAUAAACAAAAUGAAAAAUAUCAAACAGAAUGUAGAGAUAAAGAGAUUGAAUUUAAUGAAAUGAAAAGACAAAUUAAACAAGAUGAAGAAUUAAUAAAAGAACUUGGAAAAGUAGAAAAUGUCAAACUUUUAGAAGAACAACUUGAUUCAAUUAAAAUACAAGUUAAAAGAUAUGAAGAAGGAAUACAAAAAGAACAAGAAGAAAAGAAAAAAGAAGAAGAAGAAGCAGAAAUUAUUAAAGUUAGAUUAAAUGAAAAAACAGAAAAUAUUGAAAGACUUAAUCAUGAAUUAAAACAAGUAGAGGAUCAAAUGAGUGAGUUAAGAAUGAAUUUAAAAGAAAAUAAACAUGAAAGAAUGUUAAAUGAAAUGGUUGAUAAUUUAAAACGAUUAUUCAGUAAAGUUUAUGGACAAGUUAAUGAGUUAUAUACUCCUAUUAAUAAGAGGAAUGGAAAUGUUAUUAGUUUAGCUAUUGGAAAAUAUAACAAAGCUGUUGUUGUUGAAGAUACUCAAACAGCAAUAGAAUGCUUAAGAUAUGUCAAAGAACAAAGAAGUAGAGUUGUUUUAACAUUUUUAUGCUUAAAAGAGUUAAAGACAAAAGAUUUCUUUGAACUUGAUGAAGAAAUUAAAGAUAUUGGAGGAAGUUUUGCAAUUAAAAAUAUCAAAUAUAAUGAUAAAUAUGAUUCUGUCUUUAGGUUUGUAUUAAAUAAUACAUUACUCGUUGACACAUUAGAUAAUGCAAGGAAAAUUGCUUUUAAUGAAUACUAUAAACAUAAAUUUAGAAUAAUCACUUCAAUUGGAAGUAUUGUAGAAAAAAAUUCAUUAAUGAUUGGUGGUAUAACAGAAAAAAGUAAAAAGAAAGUUAAUGUUAAAAAGGGAGAAGAAGAAUAUAUGUCAUUAUCUAGUAAGAAACAACAAUUAGAAGAAGAAUUGAAAGAAACACAAAAUAUUCAAAUAACUAAUUUAGAAGAGGUUCAACUCAGAGUUAAAGGACAUCAACAAAGAAUUAAUGUAUUACAAAAAAAUUUAGAAGAAAUUAAAAAAAAUGAAGAAAAAUAUUUAAAAGAGAAAGAAGAAAUGGAAAAGAAAAUUGGAGGAAAAGAUGUUAGAGAAGUCAAAAAAAGAAUAGCUCAAAAUAAGAAACAUUACGAACAACUUGAAGAAGAAUUAAAAGAAAAACAAGAAGAAUACUUUGGAGAAUUAAACCAUCAAAUUGGAGUAGAAAACAUUUAUUUAGAAUGUAGUGAAAGAAUUAAUAAAGAAAGAGAAAUUGAAAUAUUUAACAUUCAACAAGAAAUUGAUGUACUUAAAGAACGAAUUAAAAUAGAAGAAGAGAAGAACAGUUCAACAGAAAAAAUGGAAUUAGAAAAAGAAAUUUAUGAUCUUAAAGAAGAGAUUCAACAAGAAAUUAAUGAAAAAGAAGAUGAAAUUAAACAAAAGCUUGAAAGAAAUAAUACCGAAAUUGAAAAUAAAAGUGGAGAAUUAGCUAGUGUAUUAAGAGAAAUGGAAAAACUAAAAAUGAAUGUUACAGACAAAAAGAAAGAAUAUGAAGAAGUUGAAAAUCUUAUUAAACAAAAUCAAAAAGAACAAAGUCAUGCACAAAGUAUGUAUAGUAAAUUGCAAGUUGGAUUAGAUGAAACGGUUCGAAGUGCUAGAAUGGAGCAAAUAGAAUUACCUAUUAAAAACAAUGAAAAGGAAACUCAAAGUACUAAAAUUACUAUGGAUAUUGUUACACAAAGUACAACUUAUGAAGAUGUAGAAUUUGAUUUUGAGAGUAUAAAAGAUAUUAAAAUAAAAAAUAAUGAAGAAUAUAACAGAAUACGGAAUGAGUUAAUAGAAGAAAUAAAUAAAUUAGAAAAUAAGAUCAAUGGACUUACACCAAAUAUGAAAGCCAUUGACCAAUUUAAUGGAAUUGUUGAUAAAUUAAAAGAUAUUAAUGAUGAUUUUGAAGAAGUUAGAAAAGAAGCCAAAAAUGCUACAGAUGCUUUCAUAGAAAUUAAAAAUAAAAGAACAAAAAUGUUUAUGGAAGCUUUUGAACAUAUUUCUAAUACAAUUGAUCCUAUUUAUAAAGAGUUAACAAGAAGUACAAAACAUCCACUUGGAGGCACUGCCUAUCUAUCCUUAGAAAAUACAGAAGAGCCUUAUUUAAGUGGAUUAAAAUAUAGUGCAAUGCCACCAUUCAAAAGGUUCCAUGAUCUUGAACAACUUUCUGGUGGAGAAAAAACUAUUGCUGCACUUGCCUUAUUAUUUGCUGUUCAAAGUUAUUAUCCAAGUCCAUUUUUUAUUUUAGAUGAAAUAGAUGCUGCUUUAGAUGUUCAAAACAUUCUUCAAGUUGCCAAAUACAUUCAAAAAAAAUGUGGAGAUGUUCAAUUUUUAGUAAUUUCACUUAAAGACACUUUGUAUGAAAGGGCUGACGCUUUAGUUGGUGUAGCACGUGAUCUUGAUAAAAAAACAUCUGUCACAUACACAUUAGAUUUAAAAGAAUAUGAGCUUUAA